AUGUUGUGUAUAGGGGGCCCCUCCUUGGGGGCCCCCAGCAGCAGCAGGAGCAGCCGGAACAGCAGCAGGAGCCGAAAAAACAGCAGCCGCAGCAGCAGCAGGAGCAUUAGCCGCAGCAGCAGCAGCAGCAGCAGCAGCAGCAGCAGCAGCCCGUCUCCUGUGUCUCCUCCUUCAGACCCUGAGGGUUUAUUACCUUCGGGUGUCUCCUCAUCUUCUUAUCCUUUGCUGCAGCAGAAGGAGCAGCAGCAGCAGGAGGAUCUACAAGAGGAGCAUCAGCAGCAGCAGCAGCAGCAGGAGCAGCAGGAGGAGGAAGAGAAGCAGCAAGUGCAGCAGGAAUUACUGCAGCAGCUGCUGCAGCAAGAGACAGGAGGAAGAAUAGAAGAAUAUAUAGAUGGAUCUCCGCUAACAACAGAAGAUCUAACAGAUGUACAAACCCUAGAGGAGGCAGUCAAAGCUAUUGUCUCCUUCCAUGCCGUACCAAUUCCUUCCUUCCUUCCUACCAAUUGCCCUCUUAGGCAGAUAUUCAACGUCAGCAGCAGCAGCAGCAGCAGCAGCAGCAGCAGCAGCAGCAGUAGCAGCAGUAGCAGCAGCAGCACCAGUCAUCUGAGAAGCCGCAGCAGCAGCGAGCACCAGCAUCACCACCACGAGCACCAUGACCACGACCAUCAUCACACCAGCAGCAGCAGCAGCAGCAGCAGCAGCAGCAGCAGCAGCAGCAGCAGCAGCAGGGUCGAUGAUGUAUCUGGUGAGUGCAGCUGCUGCAUAUGCCGUUUACGUUCAUGGGGUACUAAGGCUAAUGAUACCCUCAAGGAAUUACUAGAGGGGGCCCCCCCUGUGGGGGCCCCCGAGUCAGGGGGCCCCCCCCAUCUAGAGGGGCCCCCAGAGGAGGAGGGGGCCCCCCAUAUGGGGCCCCCAGGAGCCUCUUCCUUAGCAUCGUCUGAGGGUGGUGUAGCAGUAGUAUUAGGGGGCCCCCAUGAGGGUACAGUAGAGGGUACAGACAAGAAGGAGAAGGAGGAGGAGGAGAAGGAGGAGGAGGGGGCCCCCAAGGAGGAAGAAGAGGAAGAAGAAAGGGAAGGGGGCCCCCAUGAGGGGUUUUAUCCUGUAUUAAGUCAUAAUGAUUACCAAGAGAAUAAUAUACUCAAGGUGGACCAUAUGAUGUUGGCUUCCCAUCUGAUGUGGGGGUUCUGGUCAAUAGUUAGGAUGAAGGUCCCUGAAGACCCCAAUGAGUUCUCCUACCUAGAGUAUGCUAAAACGAGGCUGCGGCUGUACACCGAGAAGAAGCGCGAGUUAGAGGCUCGAGGAAUGUUUUAA